AUGUCGUCAGGCGAUUUCCCCAACCGUGGUCCUGCGGUCUUUGCUGUGACCACAGCGACGCUUGCCCUGACUAGUUGCAUCGUUGCGGCAAGGCUGCUUUGUCGGAUCCGUAUCGUACGAAGCGUUACAUGGGACGACUACUUUAUCGUUAUUGCCUGGAUCAUAGCCUUUGCUCUUAGCUUUGCCAUCGACCUGGGUGCUAGUAAGGGACUCGGCCGACACGAUGAGGACAUACCUGCUGAAUAUUGGGACACUUUGCGGCGUUGCGAAUAUGCCUUUUCAGUACUAUAUAACCCGGCCUUAAUGGCUACAAAGACGUCCGUUCUGGUAUUUUACCUCCGUCUGUCUAAAAAUACGCAGAAGGUAUUACGACUAGCUUCGUGGGCCGUUCUGGUUAUUGUCAACGUAGCUGGUACCGUCUUGACAUUGAUCAACAUCUUUCAAUGCCGCCCGGUCCAAGCGGCAUUUGAUCCAUAUCCCGAUACGGCAUACUGCAUCCCAUUGCUUACCGAGUUCAUAUGUUCAGCGCCGGUCAACGUUGUAACGGACCUCGCGAUCCUAGCUUUGCCAUUACCUGUUCUGACUAGUAUGAGACUUCCACGGCGACAGAAAAUCAUCCUAAUAUUCACAUUCGCUUUGGGUAUAUUUGUUACCAUUGUCGAUGUCGUCCGGAUCUAUUACCUCGAGCAGGCCAUCACUCAAGUAUCCUCAACAGCCUCAAGUAACCCGGAGGCAACGUUCGGAGAUUCGUCUCAAUUCGCCUGGAACGCAUCCUUCUCACUCAUGUGGUCUGCUGUCGAAGUCAAUGUUGGCAUAAUCUGUGCAUGCAUUCCAACACUGAAGCCUCUCAUCCGUCGUAUCUUGCCUGCUAUGCUGGUUGACCCCAAUGCGACCCGGACAUACGACAAGGACACCUCGACAGACGGGAAUGGAAGCUCGAAUACUGGUCGACUCCCAACCUCCGGCGUUCUAACUGACGACCAGAUCACAUCACCCUCUCAAACACAUCCAGCAGGUAGUCGAGAUAGUCAGGUGUCCGCCUUCGAUUUUCUCACUGCGCCAGAAAUGAACUCGCAUCCAAUUCAUACGCCAGAUCCGCUUGAUCGAUCGCCUACUGCGCUAACGAGCGUCACGGGGACCUAUUCGGCGUUCGAAAACUCGGUAUAUUUUGGCUUUGUGAACAUGCGUCGGCCAAAAAGCAUGAUUAGGACCUCUGUCCGGGACUCUUUCAAGUAUUGCACUGUGGUUACAAUCUUGUUUUUGUUAUGGGGGUUCUCCUAUGGCCUUCUUAACCAACUCAACGACGCGGUCGCCUCGGUCUCGGGCAUGUCAAUUGCUGAAACGAUAGGAUUAUCUUCGAUUUACUUCGGAGGGGGUUAUCUAAUUGGCCCACUGCUCGUUGGCGAGUGGAUCUUGAGACAUGACGAGCAUUCCCGUUCGAGAAGAAAGAAAAACGGCCCAGAUCAGAUCGGCGGCUAUAGGGCAACGUUUAUUGUAGGACUCUGUUUCUAUGGCGUGGGAACGAUCAUGUUUUGGCCCAGUGCUGUUCUGACUUCGUUCGCCGGCUUUAUGAUUUGCAACUUCGUUGUCGGAUUCGGUUUGGCCAUCAUCGAAACAGGGGCCAAUCCAUUUCUUGUAUUUUGCGGGCCGAUGGAUUACGCAGAAAUGAGGCUUUGCUUAGCCCAAGGAAUCCAGGCUAUUACCACUGUUUUGAGCGGGCUUCUAGCCCAGAAGAUAUUCUUCACUUCCGACAGCACAGAGCCAUUAUCACUACUAGACGUCCAAUGGACGUACUUAGCCAUCACGCUUCUCUGUGCAGCACUGGCUCUCUUCUUUUAUUACAUGCCGUUACCGGAAGUUACCGACGCUGAGAUGGAACACUCGACACGUUAUCUCCCGGUGGACCCCCAGAAACGUAGCUACGGCGGGCUAAAACUUCGGACCUGGACCUUGACGUUGGCGGUUUUGGCCCAAUGGACAUAUGUCGCGGGUCAGGAAACCACCAGUAUCUUUUUCCACGAAAUCCUAACUCAACAGGAUCGCGUACAAGCCCCACCAGGUUCCAGGGACACGACAAAAUUUUCAUUGCAGCCUCCACCGGGUCUUGCGCUUUCAGUUCCAAACUAUCUUCUUAUUGCCCAUACUGCUUUCGCCCUUUCGCGUUUUGUUGCCGCAUAUCUCGCUUAUCUAUCGCCGACUCACCCAAAGGUGCCACAGCCCCGUACGGUUUUGAGCAUCACGACCGGACUGAGCAUCGUCUGUGGUAUUUUAGUAGCAGCUCUCCGUGAAACUAAUCCGAAUCUUAUCGCCAUCCCGGUGAUACUCUUCUUCUUCUUCGAGGGACCUAUGUGGCCUCUUAUAUUCACGCUUGGGCUUCGCGGGCAGGGAAAACGCACGAAACGGGCAGCGGCGUUGAUUACCAUGGGAGCUUCCGGGCCGGCAUUCUGGCCAUAUGUCGUUUAUGCGAUCACCGAGCGAGGUGGCAGUGUUCAGACAGCUUUCAGCUUGGUUCCCGCUCUUCUUGUUGUUACUGGAUUAUUCUCUCUCUUUUUGGAUUUGAAACGUGACGCCCGCGCGUUAGUUGAUGCUCGAGUCGGCGCCGAGGACCAGUCUAAAAUACAGGACCGAGCUAAUCGGGAUAUGGACCUCGACACCAUUCUUGCAGCACGGCGAAGGGCCUCGGUGGGUUUGAUGCCUAUCGAUGAGGAGAAGUCCAAUUUCCUCAAGCGCUUUUCAGUCGCGUUGAGCAAAGGGAGAACAAGCUCCGACCCUGGAGCAGCCACAGAACUCCACAGGAUGAAUGGUGGCAGUCCCGGCAGUCCCGGUAGUCCCGACAGUCCUGGCAGUCCCAGUAGCCCCGGUGGCCCUGGUUGA